UUCAAUUUUAAAUUUGAGUUUUUGCGGUCUAGGUUGAAUUUUUAUUCUUAGUUUUGUUUUGUAUUUGUAUUCGAUUUUGGUUUGUAUUUUGCUGUUAAAUAUCCAAUCUCUAUUAAUAAAUAUAAAAAAAAUACUUGAAUUAGGUAGUGGAGUUGCAUGAUUUAACAAAAACAAACAUUUUUCUUUCUGAGCUGCAUUGUGAUAACAAUUCAGAACUUAAUAAUGCCGCAAGUUUUCCAAGUACUGAAAUGUUACAAAUGUUCAGUCUUUCAGGUUCACCAAACAAGAAAGGAUAACAAAUGGAAAUGUAAAAUGUGUGGUGAGAAGCAAUCAGUUAAAAGACACUAUGGCAUAGGCACAGCAAAAGACUGUAGAAUAAAUGUUCAAAAGCUAAACAAUUUGCGUGGAGGUAUAGAAGAAUUAAAAUUGAAGACUACAGAUUCAGAAGAUAGUGACUAUGAAACCAACACAGAGAAUGUUGAUAAAACUAAUUACAUUCAAGGGUUAUUGGAUAAUGCUAAAAAAGAAAGUAAAUGGUUAGCUUAUGUUGAGAAAGAGGAAAAUUCUGUAGUAAAAGAACCAGAGUAUUUUAACAAUGUAGAGGUGUGUUUAGAGCUCCCUAAAAAACGGAAGAUAAACAGAAAAAGUAAACCAUUCAAAAUCCCUAAAGUAUCUAAUGAAUGCAAUAAAAAAACUCAAAUUAAUAAUGAAAUUUUCAAAAAGUUACCCACACCUAAGAGUGAUGAGUUGAAUAUUUUUAACCAUAACGAUAAUUGCACUGACUUAAAUAAUAAAAACAAUGUAAGAUAUCAACUUGAAUCGAUUAAAAGAGAUAUUAAAAGCGUAGAUUUUCAAACAAAUAAAAGCUCUAAAUGGGCACAAUAUAUAGCAUAUGAUACUGAAACUGAUGAUCAAUAUAUAGAUAUAGACAAUGAUGAGAAUCGUAAAGAACAUCAUGAUGACAAUAAAGCAGAAAAUUGUGCAACUUAUUACCAAGAAGAAGAAAAAUGUUAUCAGCUAAAUGUGAUGGAUGAUAAUGAAAGCAAAAGCAAUAGCAAAGAAACAGAAGUUCAUCACAAACUUGUUACUAAUAAACUUUUAUUUUCUUUGUGUGAUGACAGUGAUAUAGAUAACAUUUUAGACUUCUAAUUUAUUUUCUGAUAUUUUUGGCAACAAUAAUCUUGUAGAUAAAAAAAAAUCUUAUCCAUUGAAUUCCUAGUUAAAAUAAUACUUUUAUUCUUUCAUACAAGUUUUCUGUUAGACAUGUACAUCAAGUCGGAUCUGAGCAUGGUGCUGAAUCACAGCUUUGUUAGUGCCACAAUAUCUAGAUUUUUCUUGUGUACUUUUUGUAAGAAUUGGUUAACAAAUAAAAUUAAAUUAAAUAGUUUUAUAAUUUUUUAUUAAUAAAACCAAUACACAGGAUAUUCCACAAAAUGCUAAUGCUAAUUAAUGUAACUAAGAUAUUCAUGGUUGGCAAAUAGCAUUUUUUCUAUAAUAACAUCUUAGAUUACAUACUCGCCUAGGUUAGAUAAAAUGUCACAAGACAUUUCACGUACUUUUGAGAUCAAUUCCUAUAGUCCAGUCCAGUCUUUAACUUUACUAUAAUCUCAAUUUUUGAGUAAGGUAAAGGCAGACGUCUGCUGGAGAUGGGUCGGACCGCAACGGCGCGUAACGCAUUUUGUACCUACGUACCUAAUAUCCGCCCCGUCGUAAAUGUGGUGGAUUUUUGAAAAAUCUAAUGGAUUUUGUAUUGCAAUGCGGCCCGACCCGGCCCGCCUGGUUGACUUUAUCCCUUAAUGUUCUGUGACAUUCUAUCUAGACGGAGUUGACGAGCUUUGCGUUUGAGCGAUCGGUCAAGCAGUAACAGAGCGCGCUGAAUAAGUUGCUCCGUAUCCUCUAAUAAGUUCGCCCACCAAUUUUACUCAGCGCAUAUUUGCUACUGAUGCAAUGAAGAUGGUGCGCAGCACGCGCAUGGACAAGAAAUUUGAAUUUUUAUGGGCAUCCUCUAGGCAAGCGCGCUGCAUCCUCACUUCCUAACUUGCCAGUUAGUUAGAUUGCAGCCAAACGCUAGCCUAUAAAUGAAAAUAAAAAGUUUUUUUGGUGCAGCAUAUUUUGGAAGCGUGCAACGUUGCACGAUUCGAGAAUGGGGAUCUAGCACGUGUCGUACCUUCUUUCUUCACUCUGGGCUGGGUUCCGCACUUAAACGUUGCCGUCUGUUGUGCAUUGUCGUACCCAUCCACUUUGGAGCGCAAAUACAGUGGAUAAGCAGCUUCAUGUGUAAACCUGGACGCAACGCGCUUGAUUC